AAUCACAAAUUUUGAAGCUACUUCAGAGACCUUCUGUUUCGCUAUAUGAAGUUGUUUCAAUAAAAUGUCAAUAGGUUUAUUUUGAAGUAAAUGAACCAAACGGUUUCUUUUUUUACCAGUUAAUAUGUAUUGGUAAAUGAAAACUAUUUCAACUGAUAAAAUGGCUCUGUUGAAGCCAUUUAUUUAUGAUACUUCCCCAGUGUCGGAUUUUAAUGUUAGCAACUGGAAUUUCGCAAAUUUCACCACACUGUGGAUUAAACUGCCUACCCAUGAAAUUGCUCUGAAAGUUCUAGCACUUCUACCUAUCAUGUUUUUAGGAGUUUUUGGAAAUGUAGCUAUCCUUGUUGUUAUGAUGCGAAUUAAGGGCAUGAGGACGUGUACUAAUAUUUUCAUUUGUAACAUGGCGCUAGCUGAUCUAAUGACGAUUCUAUUCUGUUCAUGGACUAUCAUCGUUGUUGAUGCUUAUCAAAACUUUGUCCUCGGUGAAGUAUAUUGCAAACUCGAUGGAUUCUUCCAUGUAACAUUUUUAUUAGCCAGUGUGUUUUCUCUCAUCAUCAUUUCUGGAGAUCGAUUGCUGGGCAUCGUAUUUCCCUUUUCCAGGCGAUUGAGUAAAGGACAAGCAAUUGUAAUUGUUGUGGCAGCAUGGGUGGCAGCUAUGCUGUGUGCUUCGCCUACUGCCAUCUGGCGUUGGCAGCAGAAACGCAAAUGGAACGAUUAUGAAGAAAUAUGGUGCAACGAAAAUGGAUUUCUGCUGAAGUACUAUUGGUUGAUGAUUCUCAUACUUCUAGUAUACAUGCCUUUGACCGUCAUGGCUGUGGCGUAUACAGCUAUUAUUCUUCAAUUAGAAAAAUACGAACACCAGCUUUUCCUGCGAGAACAUCCCCUGAAAAUGAAAUACAGGAAAAAAGUGAUAAAAGUUCUCUUCAUGUACGUCCUAAAUUACCUCGCCUUCUGGGUCCUCUUUCAAAUUGUCGUAUUGUAUCGUUAUUUCAAGGCACCUCAGCAAGAACUUGCACCAUGGUAUAGGAAAAUCUAUUUUCCCGCCCAUGUUCUAACAUAUGCACAAAGUGCGAUUAAUCCCAUCAUCUACGGUGCAUGCAACGAAAGCUUCAGAAAAGCAUUUCGCAUAACAUUCCGUCGCUGUUUUUUCAAGAAAAACAAAGUGUCUCCUACUCCUCCUAUUUAUAUUCAUUCUCCUCACAGAAACAUUCGACCAGCCAAUAAACAAAUUGAGGAGAAUGGGGGUGAACAGCAAGCACCAAGCACACAAGAAACUGAGUUGAAGGAGACGCCAAACAAAUCCACCGAGACACUCAUCAGAAAUCAUCACACCAAAUAAUUAUUUUAUCAAUGUCAAAAUUACCCUGACUUGUUUUAGUUUACUGACUGAUAUUGAAAUUUCUUUAGGAAUUUUCCAUUCGAUAGUUCUGAAAAAUUUCUGUUACUUUUGUUGUUAAAAAAUUGGAACCGGUUAUAUGUCCUACAUUCGGUUGUCCGACAGCUCAAAUCCUCGAUUCCAUUUUUCGGACAGCUCAUUUACCCGAUAGGUACGUUUUCCCAAAUUUACAUUUGCUCAACAUUUUAUUUUCCCUACAUGUAUAUUUGCCCGAGAGAGCAAGCAUGCAAGAGAAAUAAAUAUAGAAUUUUUUUGUCGGCAAACGUUUUAACCCUCUUAAAUAACGCUUGCAAUCUUUUAAGCAAUACUUGGAACCUUCCAGAAUUAUAGUUAAUUCUGGGUAGCAUUAUAGGGUAGAGAAUGCACUGUUGAACUAAUGAUAGUUGUUGGGCAAAGUAUAGUGCUGCUUUGAGGAGAACUCCUCCAGACAGAAAGUCUGAGCCUGCUUGCUGCUAUGGUAACAAGCGAGAGCACAUUUCUGAAGGGGGUGAAAUGGAAAGAAGAUGUCGAUUGGUUUACUCACGACGACCUACGCUAAGGUUAAAAAAAAAUUAUUCACCCCACACCCCUAUUCGAAGUGACCUUACCUCGUAACCAUAGUACCCGCCACGACGAGAGACGGGUGUCUCGAAGAGUUCUCCUGAGAGCCGCACUAUAACCUAUCUGGCAAACGUACCUGUGGGGAAAAUAAGCUGUCGUGCCAAACGGGUAAACGAAGUCGAGCAAUAGAGCUGUCCAGCAAUCAAUUGUCGAGGAAAUGUAUUAGACCUUCAGAAAUGUUUACUUUUGUUAAAUCAUGAUUUGUUGAAUUUGUCUUCACUCUGUCCUUUUCCAAGACCUAUUUGCAUUAGAUAUUUAUAUGUAUACAGUAAUUACUCUUUAUAGAAAUACUCUGUGAGAAUUACUGUCCGUACCUAUUUUUCAUUAAAUAACAAAUGAAAAUUCAAAAUAUCAGGAAAAGUGCGUAUUUUAAAAAGACAAGCAUUAAAUUAAUACAAGGGUUAAAUGAAAUAUAAAUAUAGCGCUUGAUAAGGUGAUUUGUCUAGAAUUAUGGACAGUUUCUUUCUUGUUCGAUGCUGUAUAAGAGCUUAAUUAUAUAGUAGUGUAUGCCGAAAAAUUCAAAGCAUCAUUAAUCUCUAGAGGUAGUGGAGAAAAGUUUAUAACGGCACUAAGAAGUAUGCAAAAUCCUUUUAAAAUUAAAUUGAUAUCUACUGUCUAGUUAUGUGCCCAAAAGUUGCAAAAAAUUAGCAUUAAAAUGCUUCAUUUGUACAAAAUACUGUAUAUGUUAAUAUCUUAGCCACUCUAACGCUACCAAAGUUUGUUCAUUAUAUGCUAAUUUUAUAUAAUAUAUAUCACACUUACUUCUUUUUGAUGAUAUCCAAGUACAAUUGAUUAAUACACUAAUUUCGGUGAUGUUUAUCUAGUAGAAAAUAUUAACUUAUAAUUAUAUAAUUUUUUACAUAGUCAUUAAUAAAUUGUUAAUUACAAGUGCUAUCAAAAUCCAUCAAAUAGUUGAUAAUUUUUCCGCACUACAACUUAAAGAUAUAAUUUUUAUUCUUCUUUUUUAAACAUUUUUAGACUAGCUUUUAGAGUUUUCAAUCCAUGUCGACAGAAGAUAUCAACUCUAGCUAUAAGAUUUUGCAUACUCCUAAAUGACAAUAGUUGACAAUUUUUCCGCACUACUAUUUAAAGACAUAAAAUAUUUUUAUUUUUUUCAUCCUACUCAUAUAGAUUUGCCAUAUAUCAAAUGUAACUAUAUCUUGCAAUUUAUUUUAGCUGCAUAAUGACUUUUUACUUUUUUAUAACAUUGUAUUAUUUUUCUUAAUUUGUAU